AUGGUGGAGAGUUCUUCGGCUCCACCGAGCACUGACAAGACAGUAAUUGUUAGGGUUAAACGAAAAGCCAAAAUUUGUCUGGCAAGUUGUGCUGAGAAAACUGAGGGAAAACGCAGUUUCAAGGCUAUAAAUAUCAAAGAUUGUUACAAGCAAAACAGAGUCAAGAGUGACAAUCCAUGCCCCCAAAAUUCCCAAAUUUCUCGAAUAUUUCCGCUUGGCCAGACGGAUACAAUCGACUUGCGACUGAAACGGCUUAAGGGGAAACACCGUCUACUAGCGGCAGCCGGCAAAAAGACGGCCACCGAAUCAAGGUUCCGGACAAAUACUUGGAUCAAAUUGAAACAUGAAAUUCUUCAAGUUAUGCUGCUUGUGCUUUCCGAUCAUGAUAAUCAGUGUAGUCUGGGGGCCAAUGUUCAGCCAUGGAAAUAUGAGCUGUUCAAAGAAACAUUGAUUUUACAAAAUGGUGCUUGCCUCUACGAAUUGCGAGGAUUGAGACCCCGUACGUGGUAUGAAGUCAAGAUAUCAUAUCCUGCUUCCAUACCUGCUAGUUUCUCUUUGCAACUAAGCAGAGGUACUUCUGACCUAGGUCUGAAUCGAGGAAGAAAAUUGCUCAACACUGAAAAAUUGAUUUUUAAGACCGACGAAAUUCCGUCAUUGGUUGAACAGGGCAGAAUGUAUGUUCUAUUGAAUGUUGAACCAGAAGGGGUUGUCGCAAUACCCGGGAAACAGGAAAGGGAUUAUAUCACGUUCAAUAUAGUUUGUGAUGAAUUGUUGUUGGGCAUUCCCCACAAGGCUUGGUUUGUUGUGGCUUUGGUAUUGGUUUGUUUGGUGUUCGCAUUUGUCGUUCCAUCUUUUCUUCCCCCGUUUUUGCUGCCAGAAAAGGGAAACCGACCAUUAUGUGCUCCUGCUGUUACGAAGGAUUCGUAAAACAAUUUCUUUUGGUCACAUUUUCGUAGCUUACUCUGGCUGAAUAUUGUAGUUUUUAUUUGUGAAAAGGAACAUUUUAUUUAUAAUGCUGUAGGAAUGUCUCCAUUUAUUUAUAAUAAUAAUAAUAAAAUAGUUUAAUUAUUUAAUUAACUCGAUUAAUCAAA